AUGCACAAUUUCCAACAGAUGAAGGAACAUCUACCUCCCGGUAUCGAAAUAGUCCAAGCCGAGAACUUUGACCAAUGGCUCAUGGACAUCCGCGUCCUCGAUUCCAAUCCUCUCUACCAAGACCAGAUUUUCCGACUCAAGCUGAUCUUCAGCUCGAAAUAUCCUAUCGAACCACCCGAAGUCGUCUUUGUCAACGUGUCAGCGCCAGAAACUCCGCGGCUCAUUCCGAUUCACCCACACAUCUACUCCAAUGGCUUCAUCUGCCUGGACCUGCUCUCAUCAGCGGGAUGGUCACCUGUUCAGACUGUCGAAAGCGUCUGCAUGAGUUUACAGAGCAUGUUGACCGCAAACACCAAGAACGAACGCCCGCCCGACGAUACCGAUUUUGUUAAGGGGAACAAGCGAAGGCCGAGGGAUGUUAACUUCUACUAUCACGACGAUAAUGUUUGA